AUGUCUGCAUAUCAUAAUGCUAAUAUAUUAACAGAUUUGAUUCCUUUUGGUAAGUCUGAAGAUUAUUUGCAUAAUUAUUGUGAUGCUAUAAAAUAUUAAUUUAAUGUAGUGCCUCAACUGAAAGAAUUAUUUUUCUAUUGGGCGACUCUUGACGAUUAUAAUCGCAACCAACUCAAAUUUCUAGUUGAGCAAAAUCAAAAUACACAAAUCAAACCAAUGGUUAUAGCAUUGGAAAAAUGGGAUUGCUUGCAAAAUUAUGGUAAUUUGAAAACCAGGUUUAUUAUAAUUUAUAAUAAUAUUAUAUUUAUUUAUUAUUUGUAACGGUAUGGACUUAAGUGUAGUAGUAUGACAGAAAUUAAUAACAAUAGGUACAAAAAUAAUGAAAAUACAAUUACAAAUUAAACUAACCAGGAAAUAUUUUACAUAAAUUAGAGGAAUAUACAUAAAUACAAUUUAAUGUUUUUGCAAAUAAAUCAAAAAUAUUUUUACUAUGUCAAUAUGUGUUAUAAUAAAUUUAAAACUAUUAUUAUACUUUGUUGAAUAUAAAUAAUAAAAUAUAGAUAUUAUCUAUACUUGAUGAUAUUAAUUAUAUUCAUUUUCCAAAGAUUAAAGAAGUACAUAAGAAAAAAUUAAAGAGUCAGUAGGUAAGCGUGGUAAGUGAUAUUAUUGUAUGAAGUACAAAAAUAUGAAUUGAUGGCUCUUGUUGACGCGGCUACAUUAAAAUAAUUUGAUCAAAGCAAAUUAAUAAAUUAAAUUUCUCUUUAUUUUUUGUUAUAACCAAUUUUCACUACAUUUGAAUAUAUUGAAUGUUAAUCUCAAUCUCAAAUAUUGACACUAUUAUGUGUAUACUUUAUACAGGUGCUCCUGGAGUAGAAAUGGAAUCUGUCAUUUAUGAUAACAAUGGCUUACACGAAGUUGUGAAGUCCAGUACAGUGUUGAUAGAAAUUAUACACAAUUUGAUUAGAAUAAAAAAUGAUCAAACAAAGAUUUGUGUGUAA